GCGCGCGCGGCUCGAGCCUGCCGUGCGCGCGCCUGCUCCGCGGCGCCGCUCUCGGGGCGGAGGGCGCGCGAGGCUCCGAUGCCCAAGCGGCGGCGAGAGCGCCUGCGGCCCGCGGUCCGCGCGGAGCCAGUCGCGGGCCUGCCAGAGAUCUGCAGCCCGCCAGGAUGCACCAUCAACUUCGACUGGCCGCGGCCCGACGAGCUGGUGUUCCUGUACACCACCGACGGCGGGCAGCACAUGAUCCGCCGGAUGCGGGUGGACGGCAGGCCGACGGAGGUCGACGCGGGGGGCUGGAGGGCUCUCCCCCAGGCGAGCCUGAACGGCGCCGAGUGGUUUAUGUGCGACGUCGAGACUGGAGAACUGGUUUUCACCCUUGAUCGGAAGAUCAUCUGGGUCAAGCCCGAGGGUGGCGAGAGGAGUGUCGAGGUAGAAGAGCGGCUUUUAGGUGAAGGUUUCAGCAUCGGCACCGUGCUGAGCAGACGUGGUCGUAUGUUCUGCUUCAACUUUCUCAUGUCCGAGCUUUACCUCCUGGCGCGGGAUGGGAGCAUAGAGGUUGGGCCGUGUCGUCUUCCACAGGGCCCCUGGGACGAUGAAUCCAUGUAUCUAGCUCACGUCUCUCAGACAUUCGUGGUCGAUCCCGCCGAGGACGAGAAGCGAUGGAUUUUCUUCCAUACGAGGUCUGCGAUAUACCGCUGGGACCUUCGCAGGGGGCAGGUGGACUGCAUCGUCGGCCGAGAGGCCGAGGGCGCCGUCGCCGAGGGCAUCCGCGAGGGCGUCGGGCCCAGCGCGCGGCUGCUCGGGAUGCGAGUCAGCCAGGCCUACCCCGACGUGCAGAUCCCCAAUCUGCAGAGGAUGUGCAGCGGCCUCUACGCGCGGCCGUGCGGGGGGGCGUACUACCGGCUCGACACGCACAGCCACGAGCUGCUGCGGGUGGACGUCGUGGACCUCCACGGGAACCCGCUGGCGCUGCCGUGGGCGAACGUUCUCUCGUCUCCCCGGGACGCGGAGCGCCUGACCGUCGUCAUCUUCGAGGACGAAUACUGCCGGGUCAAGGAGGUAUUCAUGGUCGACGUCUCUGUCGACCUCAGUCUUCCAACCGUCGAGACGGACCUGCAGGGCAUCGACUGGACCAUGCCACUCCGCCACGUGCAGUUCGACGUCGGCGACCCCCCCGCCCGCCUCGUCCUCGACGCGCGGCUGCUGACCGCGCGGAGCCUGUAUUUCGCGCGCGCCCUGGGGAGCGGCAUGCUCGAGAGCCGCGAGGAGACGGUCAUCCGGUUGAAGCACGUGACCCUGGAGGCCAUGCGGUGCUUCGUGCACUACCUGCACACGGACGCCUUCGAGCCCGAGCCAGCAGCGGCCUCCGAGGGCCAGGAGGAGACGCCCGAUCGCUGCUUGGCGAGGGGUCGGCUGUGCCUCGAGGUCUACCAGCUCGCCGACCAGUACGCCGUGUUCCGGCUCCGGAAGCUUGCGCUCCUCCGGCUCCGGUCGACCCUCGGUGCCGCCACGGCGCUGCCGCUGCUGCAGGAGGCCGUGGGUGACCGCGCCUGGGACUCCUCGGAGGAGCUGCCCCGCGCGUGCUGGGAGGCGUGCUCCUCCAGGGCGGCGAG